AUGGGGCGCCUAAAUGCGUGCAUAUAUGCGGCGGGUAGAGCUGUCGCGCAGCUGCAUGCUGAGGGGCAAGAUAUGGGCAGGGCGGCAACGGAGGACUGGUUUCGCCGGAAUAGGGAUUUGGAACGGGAACUUUUGGAGCGAAUUUCCUCCAUUACGCAGGAGCUUGAGCGGCGUAGGGAAAAGAGGAGACCAACUCCAACUGAACUGGAGAAUAUACGCCAAAUCCGACGAGAUGUGGGGAGAAGGAGCACCUCAGAGCUGCAACGAAUCCUUGAGAGGACAGUUCAGCGCAGGCACUUACUCCGUGCUCGAAUCGACCUGAGAGAGCAAGAAAUAUGCCGUAAAACUCUCAGGAAAAGGUUCCAGGCGCGGCCGAAUCUGAGCUUGCUCCAACCACACGCUGACCGACGCGACAGACAAGUUGCCCCCACCAUUUCAGCAGUCUACGACUUCUGGCACAAUCUCGUCGGAACGAAGGUCGAAUGUGACCCGGAAGCAAUACCGCUACUCCGCGCAUGGAAGGAUAAAAUGCAACGCGAUUAUCCGGCAACCAGCGCUAUCGAGUCUGGCCGGCAUCGGAGGACUUUUGACGCGGCCGUGCGUCAGAUUAAACCCUGGAAGGCUCCUGGUCCUGACGGGAUCCAGGCCUUCUGA